AAGAAUGAUAGUCACGGUGCAUGCAACUUGAAAUCGCACCGUGCAGUUGACUCAAGACUUGCUGGCAGCCAUGUUAACUGCUAUGGCCAGCCAUGCGCAACGAGCUCUUCUGCGUUUUCCUUUUCGACGUUACCUGCACACUCGAAUACGAAGUCGACCGUCGCUACCUUUGACAUCGCACGCGAAUCCGUUCGUCCCACAUUCGCGUCUUUCUCGUGCACUAUCAUCCCAAGCCCAACAUGAAGCAUCAUACUCUCCACGAUCCAUUCUAAUUGUGAACAAGCUCCGAACAGAGCCUGUGAUUGGGGCAAUAGAUGAACUACUGGAUCAUGUACAAAAGACAUAUCCAGGUGUGAAGGUGUUCUCUGAAGACCGUCCGGACAUUCCAUCCGGUGCACAAGUGUGGCGUCCCGGGCCUCAUGCCGAGAAAAUUGAUCUUGUCGUGACUCUUGGAGGCGAUGGUACCAUUCUGCAUGCUGCAUCACUCUUUAGCCUUGGAGCGGUCCCUCCUGUGCUAAGUUUCUCAAUGGGCACGCUUGGGUUUCUGCUUCCGUUCCACAUCGAUGACUUUGUGAAAGGGCUUGAGGCAGUGUUUCAGGGCAAGGCAACCAUCCUCAAUCGCAUGCGCUUGUCGUGCACUUUCUAUGACAAAGAUCACAAGAAAAUAGGGCUCGGCGACGACGAAUGGCAGGUUAUGAAUGAAAUUGCGCUACACCGUGGGUCGAGUCCGCACCUUAAUACCAUCGAUAUUUAUGUAGACGGGCAACAUCUCACGGAGGCUGUCUCUGACGGCGUGAUUGUGUCAACGCCCACAGGAUCAACGGCUUACUCUCUCUCAGCUGGAGGGCCUAUCGUACAUCCCUCCUUGAGCGCCGUAGUGCUCGUGCCUAUAUGUCCACGAAGUUUAUCGUUCAGACCCCUCGUGUUCCCAUCGUCUUCAUCCGUAACGCUACGUAUUGGUGAUCGUUCCCGUGCUGCGGCCGGUGUUUCGAUGGACGGACGUGUAUCGCAUGUUCUUAAUCCAGGGGAGUCCGUUACCGUACAAGCCUCACCAUACCCAGUGCCCUGCAUUAACCGCUCGUCCAUAUCCGAUUAUGGAGACGAACAGCCAGGCGAAGAAGGCGUUGGCCCAGGAAAAGAGGAUGAUUGGGUGCGGGACAUUAACAAUUUGUUGCAGUACAAUGCAACAUUUCGGAGCAAGGCGCUUCUUCGUUACAGCGGUAAAACCUAGGUUCGAGGCUGCCAAGGAAAUUGAGCGCUCGUAUGGCGCUAAUCUUAGAGGGAUCGACAUCGGGCGCUUCAGUGGGCGCUUCAUUAGGCGCUGGAUCAGGCGCUGGAUCGGACGCUUGAUCGGACGUUCGAUCAGGCGGUACUUAAUUGUGUAGUUAUAUACACUAUGUCCUUUGUGGUGCAAUGCCAACGGCAAACUAUCAAUAAUUUUGCGAUGAUGAAA